AUGCUACACAGUGCUCACCCUGCUGCUCAAUCAGAUAGAGAUAUGGCCCCUGUUGCUGCUUCAUCCUCUUCCUCUGCUCAAUCCCUCCCCAAGAAGUAUGGUGUUUUCAUCAGCUUUAGGGGUGAGGACACUCGCUUCGGCUUCACUAGCCAUCUUUAUGAUGCUUUCAACAGAACAGGUAUCAUAACCUACAUAGACUGCCAACUCGUGAAAGGAGAUGAGAUCUCAGCAUCACUUCUGCAAGCUAUCGAGGAUUCAUAUGUAUCAGUGGUGGUGUUCUCUAAAAAUUAUGCUGCUUCAAGAUGUCGACCCAUCUCACGUACGCAAUCAGACUGGCCUUUACCAGCAAGCAUUUGA